GACAACAAAAGGGAAGUUUGGGAGAAGGCUGUGCAAGAAAUCUCUGGAGGACAAACAAAUCGCACCUUAACAAAUUGCUCUCAUUAAUGUGGCUUUUCUCUCACAGGAGGGUGAAAAUGAAAGCAGGCUGUAGCAUCGUGGAAAAGCCAGAAGGAGGUGGAGGGUAUCAGUUCCCUGACUGGGCCUAUAAAACUGAGUCGUCCCCAGGCUCCCGGCAGAUUCAGCUGUGGCACUUCAUCCUGGAGUUGCUGCAGAAGGAAGAGUUCCGCCAUGUCAUCGCCUGGCAGCAGGGAGAGUAUGGGGAGUUCGUCAUCAAGGACCCAGACGAGGUGGCCCGCCUCUGGGGCCGCAGGAAGUGCAAACCACAGAUGAAUUAUGACAAGCUGAGCCGGGCCCUCAGAUACUAUUACAACAAGAGAAUUCUUCAUAAAACAAAAGGAAAAAGAUUCACUUAUAAAUUUAAUUUCAACAAGCUGGUGAUGCCCAACUACCCAUUCAUCAACAUUCGGUCAAGUGGUGUGGUUCCCCAGAGUGCGCCACCAGUACCAACGGCCUCUUCCCGCUUCCAUUUCCCCCCCUUGGACACCCACUCCCCCACCGGGGAUGUACAGUUGGGCCACUUCUCUGCGGGCCCCUUGAGUGCCUCUGGACAGGAACCGACUAACAGUGGGGAGAGAAAAGGGGAGCUCCCGGAGCUGGAGGAUGGCUCAGCUGCUGACUGGCGCCGCAGCAUGGAGCUCAUGUCCUCCCGGGGUGCUGUCGCUGGAGGAGGGAUCGGUCCCCAGAAGCGCAAGCCUGAAACCAUGCUUCCCCUGUUCAGUAGGCCUGGCAUGUACCCUGACCCCCAUAGUCCCUUUGCCGUGUCUCCGGUCCCUGGCCGAGGAGGGGUCCUCAAUGUCCCGCUCUCACCAGCCCUCUCCCUGACUCCUAUCUUCUCCUAUAGCCCAUCCCCAGGCCUUAGUCCUUUCACCAACAGCAGUUGCUUCUCCUUCAACCCGGAGGAAAUGAAACACUACCUGCAUUCUCAAGCCUGCUCCGUGUUCAACUAUCACCUGAGUCCCCGGACUUUUCCCCGUUAUCCAGGACUCAUGGUCCCCCCUCUGCAGUGCCAAAUGCAUCCUGAGGAAUCAUCCCAGUUCUCCAUCAAGCUGCAGCCCCCACCUGUGGGACGGAAGCACCGUGAGAGGGUAGAGAGCAGUGAGGAAGCCGCCGCCCCUCCAGUGGCUCCUGUACCCCCAAGAAUUAAAGUGGAGCCUGCUCCUGAGAAGGAGGUAGAGAGUCCCCGUCAGUGUGCUGGCAAGAAGGAGGGGUGCCUCCAGGACGAGGAUGCUGCACCCCACAGGACCCUGGAAGAGGAGAAAGGCACCAUAUUUGCCCGCCCAGCUGCACCCCCCGUCUGGCCAACCAUGCCCCUUAGCACCCCAAAUGAAGAACCCUUGGAGGUGAACGAAGACAGUGAGGAAAGGCCUGGCAAAGAGGCCAGCCCUCCCGAGAAGAAGGAAGAUGCCCUGAUGCCCCCAAAGCUGCGCUUAAAGCGGCGCUGGAAUGACGACCCUGAAGCCCGAGAGCUGAGCAAGAAUGGCGGCCAGUUCCCGUGGAGCAGCUCAGGGACUCAGAGCCUGGCCACAGCUGCUGCGGACGCCUAGAGCCCGAGGUUUCUGGAGCUGUUGAUACUAUAAUCCAACUCAUUCAUGUAUU